CCUCCGGCUCCCACCACCGCCCCCGCCCCCGCCCCCUCCCACCGCCCGCGGCCCCACAGCCCCGCAGCAGCCACAGGGGGAACCAAAGAGACAGAAGCCUUCCCAGCUGCCCGGACCACAGACGCCAACACCCCCCGUCCCCCACCACACGCCGCCUGCCCGCCCGCGCCCCGCACGCUAGCCCACGAUCGAGAGGCGGCGGCGGCAGCAGCAGGCUGCAGGCUGCGGCGACUCGCACCGGCGCGCUCCUGGCAGCGCUUGCUAUCCCAAGUGACUUGGACUCGCCAGAUCGCUCGCGGGAAGGGAGGUCGCGGCAGCGGCCUGGCGGCACCGGCGACCGUGGCGGCACCGGCGACAGUGGCGGCGGCGGUGGCGGCGGCGGCUGCAGCGGCAGCGGAGGCUGCGGCGGCGACCGUGGCAGAGGCUGUGGCGGAGGCCUCCGUAGCGGAGGCGGAAGCAGAGGUGGAGGCUGAGGUGGAGGCCGCGGCCUCAGUGGAGGAGGCAGUGGCGGAGGCCACCCGGGGGGAGGCGGCGGCCGCCCUGGCAGAGGGGGAGGAGGCGGGGGCUGCGGUGGCGGCAGUGCAGCCGCAGCAGCCGCAGCAGCAGCAGCGGAGGCUGCGGCGCCUUCCUUAG